AUGCCAGGAGGGGGCUUCCAUUGGGUCAAGCUGCUUCGAGACGUCACCGUUCUCUGCGGUCAAGAUGCCUCCCUCGAGGCCACAGUUCACUGCAGCUCUGCUCCCAAUUUCCUCUGGAGUCAUCGUGGUAUUCGACUCCGGGAAUCCAGUCGACAUGUGAUUAUGGCCUCUGGAAACACGUCGAAACUCGAGAUCAUGAAGUGCCAACCUUCUGACAGCGGCCAGUAUUCCGUGAUUGCCCAGGAUGAAAACCUGGGGGAGAUUCAGAGUUCCUGUCGCCUUCUUGUCCCUAAUGCAAAAGAAACUCCUCAUCUCCGCUUCUUGAGGUCCCUUGAAGACCACGCCAUCAAAAUCGGACAUCGACUGAAAUGGGGAGUUGAGGUCCGAUCUGAUUAUAACCUUCAGGCGUCGUGGUAUCGCAACAAUUUGCAAAUGGAGGAGAGUGAACGGAUUCGCAUUCAUCGUGCAGAUCCAGAAUUCUACGUAGACAUCAACCCAGUUUUAGAAGAAGAUGCUGGCUCCUGGGCCUGUGUCGUCUCCUCUCUUGCAGGUCAAAUCAGAUCUGCAGCAAAAUUGAAAGUGAAUGUGCCAAAAGGCUACAAGAAGCCAGAAUUCACCGAAGAGCUUCAAGCUCUGUUGACCGACGAGGGAACAGUUUCGCUUGAAUGCAAAGUGAUGGGAGUCCCAACCCCAGUGCUCCAGUGGUAUAAAGACGGCAAAGAAAUCAAACCAGGUGAUAUGUUUGCGUUGACGGCGAAUAAGGACGACCCUGCUUCGCUGGGGACUUACACGUGCGAAGCAUUGAAUUGCAUGGGAUCAGCCACGUCCACGGCGAAGGUCCAAGUGAUCGGAACCAGCCGAGAAGGCUCCCUCAAGCCAGCCAGGUCUCCUUCAAGAACGCCGCAACGCUCUCCAACUCCAGUUGGCCCUCCUCCAGAGGUCUUGGAACCUCUAACAGACCAAAAAAUUAAGGUCGGCGGGAGAUUAGCCCUCAAAGUCAAAGUUUCUUCCCACGCGGAGGCAAGGAUCCAAUGGUAUCACAAGGAAAUGGUUGUUGAGCCUAGCGAGAAAUUUCACAUGAGUCGUGAGCCUGACGAUGUCUAUGUACUGGAUAUCAACCCAAUCGAACUCGGAGACGAAGGAGAGUGGCGAUGUGAAGCCUCCAGUAAUGGAGGAAAAGUCGUCUCUUCUUGCGUCAUCAAACUGGCAGUUCCCAAAAACUACAGGGCCCCAAGGUUUCUGGAAGAACUGCGGGCCCUUCUGACACCGGAAGGAUUGGUCUCCUUCGAAUGCAAGGUUUUGGGCUUCCCCGCACCUUCCUUGAAGUGGUACAAAGACGGCACGGAAUUGAAGCCUGGCGAUGUUUAUCAGUUGAGCGGAGCCAACUCUUUAGGACGCUAUUGCUGUUUGGCAAGGAAUUGCAUGGGAGAAACAAGAAGUGAAGCAGAAUUGACAAUGAGCGACAUUCAGGCCCGAUUAAGUGAGGAAGAAAAGGCCUCUCUUAGGGAGAAGGCCAAACCGCCUCGUUUCAUCAACGCUUUGGUAUCCACCGAGGCUAUUGUCGGGGAGAACUUCAGACUUUCAGUGCAAGUUAACCAAGGACCCGAGCCGGAAGUGAUUUGGUUCCAUGGCAACGAAGCCGUCACUCACGGCCCGAAGUACCAAAUGAGCCAAGAAGAUGAGCGUCAAUUCCAUCUCGAUAUAGUUCCUUUCGAGAUUUACGAUCAGGGAGCAUGGGAAUGCCUCGCAAAGAACGAGUUUGGUGAGACAUCCUGCCGUUGCCUCAUUCGGGUCACGAUCCCCAAGCAUUAUAAGAAACCCAGGUUUCUGGAACCCCUGCGUGCUAUCUUGUCAGAGGAAGGGACUGUCAACCUGGAAUGCAAGGUGAUAGGAGUGCCUCAGCCCACGUUGAAAUGGUUCAAGGACGGAGAGGAGUUGAAAGCUGGGGACAUCCACAGAAUAAUGUCAGGCGCCGAUGGGACCUGUUGUCUGGGCACAUACACUUGCGUUGCCACUAAUUGCGUUGGAUCUGCAUCCAGUUCGGCAGCUCUCCUAGGAUUCGAAGAGCAAAUGGCGCUGAAGCAGCAAGCAAGAAGCAUGACAGAGCAAGCAAGAUUGACACGGCAGUCCUCGUUAUCGACAAUCAAUGAGGAAAGAUCCUCACAGCUGAGCAUAUAUGAAACACCGGCCUCUGACAUGUCUGGAAGGUCUGAAGAGAAAGCGGAAGUUUCCGUUAGCAUUGACGGCAAAGAGGUUUCUGUCUCCGUUUCUCUCUAUGAGACUCCAGACAUCACGGAAGAGGAAGCGCAACAAAUCAUCGAGAUGUAUGCAGAGGAAUUUUCGGAACACAUUUCAGCCAAGGAGGUGGUUGAGCUGCCUCCGUUGAGGUUCGUUCGAGAGUCUGCUACCGUGGCAGGCAUCGUGAUGGAGGCGACGGUGAUCGACGUCCCUGGCGAUUGGUCUGGUCCGGCCGGGAGCUUCCCUGUCCAACCCGAUGAAGAGGACUUACGAACCGAAGCUGAUUUCGAAGAGCUCAGUGCCCUCGAGGCACUUGCUAUCGAAGAGGUUUGUUCUUUUCUGUCUAUUCUUCCUUUCAACUCCUCAUCUCUCUUUAAUCACCACAUGAGUCAAUUCUGA